AUGGUUUAUCGUAGCAAUCUCAACACGAUCGCCAGUCGUAUCCCUGGCUUGAUUGCCGUCGCUCUUAAGCCUCGAGUGCCGCCAUGCGUCGUCGCUGCGCAAGGGAGGUUUCCGAAAGCCAGAGCGAUGACUCUGAUGCCCCAGUUCCACCGAGGCCCUUCCGCGAUUAAACGACUACUGGAUGACUACGAUCGUUAUCUAUCAGGGCAUGCUCUCGAUCCGCAUCCCCGGGCAUACGCACCCACUUUCGACAUGCGCGAAUCGAAGGAUACCUACCAGCUGGAAGGGGAGCUCCCCGGCGUGAAGCAGAGCGACGUUGAGAUCGAGUAUAUUGACGCGCACACAAUCAAUAUCAAAGGGCAUACGGAACAUGCGUCUGAGAUGGAGGAAGGGUCCUGGUGGAUAUCUGAACGGUCCACUGGAGACUUCCGUCGGUCCUUCAGCUUUCCAUCCGCUGUGGAUCAGGAAAACACUCGCGCUCGACUGAAGGAUGGAGUGCUUUCGGUGACGAUUCCGAAGGUGGCCUCUACUUGGGAUGUGAAGAAGGUGAAAGUGGAAGAGUAG